UGGAUACCGCCGGGUGAAUACCCCCCUCGUCACGUACGGGAUCAUUAGCCGGAUAUCCUUAGUCCUGCUCGCCAACCCUCUCUGAUAGCGGUGAUCCUCGUGCCUGACAUCAUUAUCCUGGGACGCCGUUCAGCGCCAGCGCGGUGAGACCAUCCUUCGAGGCCAUCCCUCGUAUCGUUCCAGUUCGGUUCCUCGUGUUUUGCCCUUCUCUUCUAUGUGUUUGCCGAUACUGUGUUUCGCCACCUAACUCGUAUAGUCGGAAUCGUUUGCACUGUGAUGUCGGUGCGACAAACACGGUUCUACGAUCGAGUUGCAUCUUCGUGACGUGAUACUUCGACGACGUGGACGUGGUGACGGAAAAAUUGUUCUGAAACUGCGGGACCGAGGUAGAUUAAAAGUCUGGCAUUAACGUUUAGAAACAUGGACGAUUCGUGGUAUGGUUCGCCGUAAUAUCUGUGUCAAAGAAAGAUAUUGUUUGACAUCAAAGUAGUUGGACUUGGAAAAUUGAUUUGUUGAUUUGUUGGAUUUCGAGUUUUAAGGUUGAAAAGUGAGUUUGCAAAUAGGAAUACUUUGGACGAGUAUGGAGCCGAACGAUCCGUCGGCAAGAUUGACCGUCGAGGAUUUGUCCGACUGCAGGAGCGAGAGCAGUCACUCGGAGAGCCAAUUGAGAGCCUUCCAGGACUACGAACGCAUUAAGGAAUUGAACCUAUCUGUAGACAAGUCAAAGGAAGAUCCUGCGAUUGAACCUAAAGACUUUCAUCUAGGGUUAGAACCUGGUAGAACCUCUAUUCGUUCGUCCUUCGACGAAUUUGAAAACAGUAGCAGGAAUCUUCCACUAUCACUGAACAAAGGCAAGGAUUUUGGUUACAUUGCCGGUAGUUUAAACGAGAUGGCCUAUCCCUUGGACAGAUCUAGUGAAAAUGACGAGUCUCUGGAAACGACUAACCUGUGCAGGACCAAGAAUCCGACGGCCAAGGAUUUGUUGUUCAAUCUUCGCGAGAACCGGCACAAAAAUGCUCACGCAACGUUGUCUCUCGAUAGGUACGGCAAGGAUUUGAAUUUUGCUGUGUCAGAGAAGGAUAUCAAGGAUUUUGGAUUGCUGAAGAAUUACAGUCUGGAUCGGAUGAAGGAGUUUAAUCUGUCGUUGGAUAGGAUGAGGGAUAGCCACAUUGGGAAUUUUGCUCUGGAGAGACUUCGAGGGGGAGCUGGAUUGCUGGAAAAUCCACCGAUAUUAGAGCAUAAUGAGUUGAAAAGUAUGCAGAUGCAACCGAGGAGCCAGGAUUUGGAAGCUAUCGCGUUGGAACGUAUGAGAAGAUCGCACUUAUUGGGAGCCGAUCUCUCGGCACAAAAUUUGUCCACACAGAUACCACAUCCGCAUUCUAUCACACAGAUGCAGCACUCGCAGCAGCAACAGCAACAACAGGCUAAAUCGUUUACUAUCGACGCGAUUCUUGGCUUGAGGAAUAAUCCCAGGGAGAAACGAAGUCAGCAGCAACAAUACAGAAAGCAUCAAGGUCAGGAAGGCGGGACGAAGAACGGCGGUUCAAGCUCGUGUUCCGGCGGCGGCGGCAAGUUGAAGAGGGUGCGUACGAUCUUCACUGCGGAACAGCUGGAACGGUUGGAGGGAGAAUUCGCGCGACAACAGUACAUGGUCGGACCAGAGAGGUUGUACCUGGCGCACGCACUCAGGCUGACCGAGGCCCAGGUGAAGGUGUGGUUCCAAAACCGACGCAUCAAGUGGAGGAAACAUCAUCACGAGCAACAGAGCCAAAGGGUGCACGAGUUUCAACGGUCGCUGAACUCUUCGCUGGAACACGAGGACAGUAACGAGACCGACAAAUGGUGAAAA